UACUGGAGGUUACGUACCACGGAGGAUACGUACCAGGAGGUUACGUACCAUUUUUGGAGGUUACGUACCACUUAUAUAUUUUGGAGGAUACGUACCAUAUAUAUAAUUUAUAUAAAAUACAAAUAAUAUAGAGCAUAACAAUUAUAAAAAAAGACCGAAUUUUAAAACUUUAUUAUUACUUUUUAAAAAUCACAUAUGAGCAAUUAAUGUAAAUGCAAACGUUUUAUAUAUGAUUAUCACACAUUCAGAAAUGAGUAAUCUAACAAAUCACAAACAAAUUGCAAACUAUUGACAUUUGAGUGAAUCAGUGUGGUAUUAAUUAUUUAUCACAACUCUGAUCCGGCUUUGACGUGUAACUCAAACUUUAAAUGAGUGAACUCUAAUAAACAUAUAAAUAUACUGCAAUUCUUGUCCGAUAUCACAACUGUAAUUACUUACAGAAAGCAGUAUGACGGAAUCAGCCCACUGUUUAGUUUGUUCUAAAGAAGUUACAAGAAAACAACAUGCUUUACAAUGCGACCAAUGUAAUAAUUGGCAGCAUCGUUUAUGUGGGACAGGAAUAACACAGUCAGAUUACAGGAUGAUGGUGCGUGGUGUUAUUGAGGUCGAGUGGAGCUGUAGCAUAUGCAAGUCUCCGGUUGUUGACAACUCACAAGAAGAAGAAGACCACCUUCAAAUUCCAGCAAUGUUACACGACAUUACGAGUGCUGAAUCUGACCUGAUGGAAGUCGAGCAACGGGUGACCACAGAUGAACUUGAAGAUCGACCACUUAAUAUACCUGAUAGGGAUGUUCAACGCCCUGCUAGAAUACUAGAUGUAUCAGUACGUGAACCACAUGGAUGAUGACGUCCCAGAAGAACAUGACAUUCAAUAUGAGCUAGUGGAAAAGGGAACCAAGAAAGGAGGGAAAAUGUUGACCGCAAAAAACGGGUAUUGUUUUAACGUAAAAAGAAAGAAAGACAACUUCACAUACUGGGUGUGCAGCGUGCGAAGUUCCGAUGUCCAGCAUGGGUCAAACAGUACAGCGAUACAUAUGUAGCAUCUAGCAGCGGUCAUGAACACCCCGCCGAUCCUAGCAUUAGGGUUAAGGUAAAGGUCACAGCGAAGGUAAGUUUAUCAUCGGGAUGAUUUUUUUGAAAUAUCAAUUUCUAUUGACGCAUCGCGAAUAUUUAUGUAAAUUCGUGUUCAUCAAUUAAUUUGGUUGUUUUUUUAU